AUGAUAUUCACCACUAAAUCUAGAGGAGGUGAAGUCCCCGACUCCUUGAAACCAUUCACCACUAAUAAAUUCAUUCACAAGACAUGGGCCGGUACAUUCUAUUGUCAACCACAAGCCAUAUUUCAGCCUCGCAAUAUUGACGAAAUUAAAGAAUUGAUUAAGCAGGCCAGAUUACAUCACAAGACUAUUAUGACUGUUGGUUCUGGCCAUUCACCAAGUGAUUUAACCAUGACAAAGGAAUGGUUGUGCAAUUUGGACAAGUUUAAUCAUGUGUUGCAUCAAGAAGAGCAUUGGGGCCCAGUGCUGGAGGGAAGUACUGAAAAGGAGGUUAAGUUUGUUGAUUUGACUGUUGAAGCUGGAUGUCGUGUUUUUGAAUUGAAUGAGUACUUGAAACAACACGAUUUGGCUAUCCAGAAUCUUGGUUCAAUUAGUGAUCAAUCGAUUGCCGGGUUGAUAUCUACUGGUACCCAUGGAUCUACUCCUUAUCAUGGAUUGGUUUCACAACAAGUUGUCUCUAUAACUUUUUUAAACUCUGCGGGGGAAUCAAUAACUUGUUCUUCAAUUGAAAAAUCAAACUAUUUCAGAGCUAUCCUUCUUUCAUUGGGUAAGCUUGGUAUCAUUACUCAUGUUACUUUACGUACGUGUCCUAGAUACACCAUCAAAUCAGUGCAAGAGAUUAUCCAUUUCGACACAUUGUUGUCUCAAUGGAAUACUAUUUGGUUAGAUUCGGAAUUUAUAAGAAUUUGGUGGUUUCCGUAUACUGAUAAAUGUGUACUUUGGCGUGCCAACAAGUCGGAAGACGCCAUAUCACCACCAAGAGAAUCAUGGUAUGGAUCUACAUUUGGUCGGUUUUUUUAUCAAUCAUUACUUUGGAUUUCGGUACACUUGUGGCCACUGUUAACUCCUCAUGUUGAAAGAUUCAUUUUUGAACAACAAUAUGGGAAAGUGGAGACAUUGGGCCAGGGGGAUGUUGCCGUGCAAAAUUCAGUUGAAGCUUUGAAUAUGGAUUGUUUGUUCUCACAAUUUGUUAAUGAAUGGUCAGCUCCAUUGGUUAAUGGAGUUGAUGUCUUGACACAAUUGAAACAGGUUAUUACAAAUGCAACUGCAUCAAGAGAGUUCUACGUUCACGCACCAAUUGAAGUUAGAUGCUCUAAUGUCACUCAAUGCAAUGAACCUUUUGUGGAUGAUGAAGGUAAAGCGUCAUUAUAUCCUUCUCAAGGUUGGUUAUCAAAGAGAUCAAAGACAAGUGCCGGCCCAAUUCCAGGAAACAAUUUACGUCCAUAUUUGGAUAACUCACCACGCUUACCUCAUAAACAAACAAACUCGCAUCCAACAAAUGAUGAAUUAACCGUGUUUAUUAAUGCAACAAUGUAUCGACCAUUUGGCACCAACGUGUCCACUCAUCAAUGGUAUCAAGUUUUUGAAAAUAUCAUGAUUAAAGCAGAUGGAAAACCACACUGGGCCAAGAAUUUUAUUGGUGUAGAGGCGGAAAAACAAAGCGAUGCUGAUGUUGAAGAUGAUUUACAUCAACAGUUGGAAUUUGGCGGGAAGCCAUUUUAUUCGAUGAUUGGAUUCAAGAAGUUGAUGCAGAGUUGGUUUGGUCAGGAUCUUGUUGAGUUUAAUAGAGUUCGUAAAUUGACCGAUCCUGAUGGCGUUUUCCUUUCAGGGAGAUUGUGGGCUGAUAGAAAUGGUAUUUUGUUGGACUAG